AUGGCCAAUACUCCCCACGGCGGCGUCCUCAAGGACCUCUUUGCGCGCGAUCUCCCCCGCCAGACUGAGCUUUCUGCAGAAUCCGAGACUCUGCCCGCUCUCGUCCUUACUGAGCGCCACCUUUGCGACCUGGAACUCAUUCUCAAUGGCGGCUUCUCUCCUCUUGAGGGCUUCAUGACCGAGCAGGACUACAAUGGCGUCGUCAAGGACAACCGUCUUGCCAGUGGCCUGCUCUUUAGCAUGCCCAUCACCCUCGAUGUCGACCAGAAGCAGAUUGACGAACUCGGCCUCAAAGCCGGUGCGCGCAUCACCCUGCGCGACUCUCGCGACGACCGCAACCUUGCCAUUCUAACCAUCGACGACAUCUACCGUCCCGACAAGGUCAACGAGGCCAAAAACGUCUUCGGCAGCGACGACGACACCCACCCCGGCGUCAAACACCUCUUCAACACCGCCAAGGAAUUCUACGUUGGUGGCAAGCUCGAGGCUAUUAACCGUCUUGAGCACUACGACUUCCUUGACCUCCGCUUCACCCCCGCUGAGCUUCGCGCCCACUUCAACAAACUCGGCUGGCAGAAGGUCGUCGCUUUCCAGACUCGCAACCCUAUGCACCGCGCUCACCGUGAGUUGACGGUUCGCGCCGCUCGCUCCCAGCAGGCCAACGUCCUCAUUCACCCCGUCGUCGGCAUGACCAAGCCCGGCGACAUUGACCACUUCACUCGUGUCCGCGUCUACAAGGCCCUCAUUGCCAGAUAUCCCAACGGCAUGGCCGCACUCGCUCUUCUUCCCCUUGCUAUGCGCAUGGGUGGCCCUCGCGAGGCUCUUUGGCACGCCAUCAUACGCAAGAAUCACGGUUCUACCCACUUCAUCGUCGGCCGUGACCACGCCGGGCCCGGCAAGAACAAGAACGGCAAGGACCACUACGGUCCCUAUGAUGCUCAGACUCUUGUCCAGCAGCACCAGGAGGAGCUCGGAAUCAAGAUGGUCGAGUUCCAGGAGAUGAUUUACAUUCCCGACCGCGACGAGUACAUGCCCGCCAACGAGAUCCCCGAGGGCACCCGCACCAUGAACAUUUCCGGCACCGAGCUCCGCAACCGUCUUCGCACCGGCAAGGAGAUUCCCGAGUGGUUCUCUUACCCCGAGGUCGUCAAAGUCCUUCGCGAGCAAAACCCUCUACCCCGCGAAAAGGGCUUCACAGUCUUCAUGACUGGCCUGCAAAAUUCCGGCAAGGAACAGAUUGCCCGCGCCCUGCAAACUACUCUCAACCAGGGUGGUGGUCGCCCCGUCUCCAUGCUCCUCGGCGAGACUGUCCGUUCUGAACUAUCUUCCGAGCUGGGCUUCAGCCGUAGCGACCGCGAUCUCAAUAUCUCACGCAUCGCCUACGUCGCUUCUGAGCUGACCAGAGCCGGUGCCGCCGUCAUUGCUGCUCCUAUUGCUCCCUUUGAGCAGGCUCGCCAGCAGGCCCGUGAGCUUAUCGAAAAGUCUGGCCCCUUUUUCCUCGUUCACGUCGCCACCCCUCUUGAAUACUGCGAGAAAUCGGAUCGCCGUGGCAUCUACAAGGCUGCUCGUGCCGGUCAAAUCAAGGGCUUCACCGGCGUCGAUGACCCCUAUGAGGCUCCUACUAAAGCCGAUCUUGUUGUCGACGUUGAGCAGCAAAAUGUCCGCUCGAUUGUCCACGAGAUCAUUCUCUUGCUCGAGAGUAAUGGUCUGCUCGACCGCUUCUAA